UAAGUUUUUACUUUUUCUUGAAAAAAUACAUAUGUACAUAUGUAUGUUAAUAUAUUUCAUAAAAUGGCAAAGAAGCCGACACCUGAAGAUAUUUUUUACGAUCAUCUAACAUUAGGCUUAAUGGGGACACUUGCCAAGCUUCCGCGAGUAUGUAACGUUAACUGUGAACAUCGUAAACCGUGUGAAAAGACUCAGAUUGUUAAUUGGGAACAAAGGAAUACUAUAUAUUUGCCCGAAGAUAUGAAAAAGUUUUAUUUGUCCACGGAUGGAUUUCUCUUACAGUGGAGCUAUCAGUAUGCAUCAAAGGAUUUGCGCCGUGUAGGCUUUAUCCAUAUUCCACAUCUUCACCAAAUUACUUUGUUACGUGACAACAUUGAACCAUUAAUCAAUUCGAGUGCAAAUUCUCCAUCACAAAGGACCCUUGCAGGGAACGAAGCGAGAGUUGCUGACGAUGUUGGAACAGAUACAAGUGGGGAUGUGGGGGCAAGUGUCAGCGUUCCUAUAUUGUUAACGAGGAAAGAUCGAUGGGGUAAUCCACUACCAAAUAUAUCAACAAAGACAAAAAUAUUUGAAAUUCAUAAUGUCAAUGAUGUUGCCAAAGUGUGUAUGCUCUAUGAGGCAAAUUGUUCGACCAAUCCAAAAUUCUACCUUUUCGAGUUAAAUGCCAUGAAAUUGAUAUUUCUAUCCGAUACAUUUAGCGAAUACUUACGGAUGGCCAUUGCACAUUUAGGACUACCCUAUUGGGAACUUUGCUUCUCCAAUAUAGGCUUACCGCCGUGGACAGAGCAAUUGUUUAUGUUGCUGGCACCACAUUUGCUGGAGGACUAUGAACCGCGACGUGGUCGCCAAAUCCACCCAUCCCCUGAACACCCAUAUAAUAUAAUCGAUACCUCUGUUUUUCGCAUAAAACCAAAAGGUUCUAUGAUAAACGCUUCUUCAAGGAAAAAUUUAUCUUGAUUUCUUACGAAGAAAGCAUACAUACAUAUAUUUGAGGAAAUAAAUAUUUUUUAGCACUUCUUCUAAUAAUUACAGCAAUUUCUUGUCUAAAUUUAAA